CAUCUCUCAGGCUACGUUUUCCAACAGAAAUUUAUCGGUGAAAUAAGAAGCAAAAUAUUUGGAGUGAUGUACAUUGAAGAGCUGUCUUCGAGUAACACCGAGGAUAAUAUGGAAAACGUCAACAACAAUGUUGUCAUUUACAGGCUUCAAGAUAUGAUCAAUCAAUGUCCUUCGUGCUCCUAUAGAGUACUUCAAUCACCCCAAGUUCAUUACAGAAGGUUUUACAAGCGAAGGAAUGACAAUAAAGAGGCAAAGUAUACUAGUUGUCCGAUAUAUGUAGCAGCUGACAGCAUGUUCUAUAAUCAUAUUGGAGGAAAAAGCGUUUCAAAGACUGUGGCAAAGAUGGCCUACCACGUGACACAAGCCGAUAAAAUAUUCCGACGUACAGUUUUCGAUGGACAAAGCACGAGCGUUGGGAUAGUCAUCGCCUCGCUAACGGUGUAUGAAGAUAGCCAAUCACAUUUGAAAAAAGACAAAGAUGAAUAUUUUAAGCAAUGGAGUCGUAUGAACCACGGUAACUAUUGUCUCAGUAUUUUAUUCACAUAUAGCGACUUUUCCGGUGGAGUCCUGGGUCUGGCUUGGCAAGCUGAACCCAAUACAAUAGGUGGAAUAUGUGAAGGUUGGAAUAAAUAUUACAAAAUGUCCUUCAAUACGGCCAUGGUGACUUUUCUUAAUUACGGAAAAGUGAUUAAUGAUCGACUUGGAACUUUAACUGUUGCUCACGAGCUUGGUCAUGCCUUUGGAUCUAAGCAUGAUCCAGAAGCGUGCCAACCGGGAGGAAAUGAAGGAAAUUACUUGAUGUACGAGUACUCCAGUGAUACAGCUCACCCAAACAAUGACAAGUUUUCACCAUGUAGUAUAAGGGAAAUGUCGAGAGUACUCGACGUCAGAAGCAAACAUUGCUUCAUUGAUGGGGAUUCCUACUGUGGUAAUGGGAUCAUUGACGAAAACGAAGUAUGUGACUGUGGAACUGUAGCCCAAUGUCACAAACGGGAUCCUUGUUGUGUUGCAAGAGACACGUCGCGUGGCAUUCCUGGAUGUUCUCUACAACCUUUCUCUCAAUGCAGUCAAUCGACUGGACCAUGUUGCAGUAAUGAAUGUCGGUUUGUCAAUGAAACAGAGAUGAAAGUUUGCCAAAAAGAGACAGAAUGUUCUUAUGUUUCACAUUGUGUCGAUGGUUCAUGUCCUGUACCUCGAUUCAAAUUAAACAAGACACUUUGCAACAAUGGAUCAAAUGUGUGCGAAAACGGUCGAUGUGAGGGAUCAAGGUGUUCGUUGUUGGAUCUUGAACAGUGUUUAUGUAAAGAAACCAAAAAUCUUUGUCAAGUUUGUUGUAACAAAACAAACGGUGAAUGUGUUCCUAUAGCAACAUUGAUAGGUGAAAUUAUAUGGCAAGCUCAAAACACAUCAUGUGGACAAGACAAAUACUGUGAUGAUGAUGGAAAUUGUUUACAACCAAAACAUCAAUCUCGCCUGAAGGUUUCCUUUGAUGACAUAAUCAAUUUUCUUAAAAAGAACUGGUACAUAUUUAUCAUCGUUGUUGUUAUGGCAAAAAUUGUCAAGAUGGCACAUUCCCGUUGGCGUCAUAUGAACCAAAGGUCACAAGAUCGUGAAGAUGAAAACAACGAAUUAGAGAUGAAUGCGAUGAGUUGAAUUAUAGUGAAUAUAUUUUUAUGAAUAAUUAAGAUAUAAAGAAUGGAAUAAUUAGUGUCACUUCUUAGUAAAAAUAUUGCAACAAUACGAAAUAAAGUUUUAUUCAACGAUGUAAAAA